AUGGCAGCCGGACCUGUCAACUCCAGAUUUUGGUUGAGAUUUCAGGUGCACAGCGAUGGUCUAGUGCCGCCUGCCUCAUCUACUCCUGAUUCCUUUCCUCAGUUUCCCCAGCUACCGGCAGAGCUGCGUUUACAGAUAUGGAGCCACCUCCUCCUGCCGCGGAUCAUUUUGAUAACUUGUCAGGAUCACGAAACGGCUUCGGAAGCUGAAUCUGAGCUCACUGCGCGACCCUCGUGUCGUCUUGUUCCAGCACUACUUCACGUCAAUCACGAAGCCCGAACCGUGGCGCUGGCGCACUAUGAGCUGGCUUUUGGCUGGAAAGUGCCGACUGUCCUGGCAGAUCUCGACAUAGUACCGCCAUUGCAUGGCCAUGAGGAACCACUAGGGAUUGUCACUCCGCAGUGGACUGAACCACGGAUUUACUUCAACUUUGAGCAGGAUGCUCUGUUCCUGCUUGGCGAGCUAGAACCAUGCACAUCGGCAGGGUUCAACAGUCCCAUGACUUACUUUCUCGAUCGUGAGGAAACCAAGCGUGUCAAAAAGGUGGCUGUUGCGUUUCGUGCAUUGAGACACGGCGAGAGUGGAUCGCAACAAGUUUUCGGGACUUUGUUCCAUGUGGUGGAUCGCAUCAAGCCGCCAAACGGACGGGUACUGGUCUGUGUCACCGAAGGCGAUGAGUUGACGCACGCUCUUAUGGGUGGCGAGGCUCCUCUGGUUCCUGGUGCGAUGGAUUAUGCGACAAGACGGAGGCUGAGCAGAGCUAGACAUAAUGAACCCAACGAUGUGGUGAUGAGCACGAUAGGGAGGCUCAGUCUGGACGAUGAGGUCGAUCGACGUGAAAUCUUGGAACGAUAUCAAAGACACGACGCCACUCCACGUACCCAAGAUGAAAAUAUCAUACAGCAGAUUUGGCAGAAUUGGUUUAGAGGCAGUUUACUGUCGUCCAGUCUGACAAACAUGAAGUUCUGGCUUAUCCGAGAAGGAGACUUGGGAAAAUACAUUAGAGAGGAUGUCUGA